UCGAAAAACUUCGAAGAACAGCUGUUUUUGCCGUUAAGCGUAGCUAACAACAGCUUCUUAUAAUUAAUUGGGGCAAUUAAUUAUUAAAUAAAAAUCUCUGACAAGUCUGGUCUGUGGAUUUCUUUUUGGAACUUUUACGAAAACGUCUUCACGCCUUUACAGCUACUGGAAAACUGAAAAAUGCGUUUCGUUCUGGCAAUUCUAUUGGUUUUUUGAGGAAGAGCUUUUUGUACAUGUCCGUGACAUCUUACGUGAAACUCCCACCUUUAUAUAACUUUCACACCUAUGAAGAUGGGCUGUCAUCGCCCAGCCCAUCAACCUAUUGCAUGGUUUUUGCAAAUAUCAAACCCGAUAACCGCUCCGAAGUAUGGCAAUCCAUUGAGAAUUUCUCGGAAGAUACGCAUCAUCGUUUUCGACAUGAUUACCUAGUCUUUGGCCUUAGCGUAGCUAAAUGCAAGGAAUUGUUGUUAAACACCACAACUAAAAUUUUGCCCAAUGAAGUUAUUAAAACAAAAGUACCUUCAACUUACCAAGAGGUGAUUGAUUAUUACACAAGGAUUUAUGGAUACAAUGUUUAUGAUCAGAAUUUAAACAAUUUUUUGGAUACAUGUGUUAAUCACGAAUUUCAAAGGAACUACAAUUUGACACUGACUACAUUUGUAGAAUAUUGCAAUGAUCCGAAAAAGAUUGAGCCCAAAGCAAAUAUUGAAAUCGUGGCAUUUGCCCUACUCGCACUACUGAUCGUUCUCAAUGCUUUAUCUUCCGCGUAUGACUAUAAUCUCAAAUAUUAUAAUGAUUUAGAAAAUCCUCAAAGAGGACAUCGUGAUACAGAAAAAUGCGACAGCUUGGAAACUCAAAUUUUAACCUCCUUUUCGGUUGGCAGAAAUUUCAAUAAACUCUUAGCAAAAUCAACUGGUGGUGAUGCAAGUGAACUGGAUUUUACAUAUUUUUUUCGAUUCUUUACCAUAUUUUUUGUCAUUUGGGGUCAUACGUUAAUGGUCAUUACAGCUUUUCCACUAGAAAAUCCUGUUUUUAUAGAAAAUCAUCUAUACCGUCCGGAGACCAUCAUUUUUCAAAAUGGUUCAACGCUCAUACAGAUUUUUUUCGUUUUGACUGCAUUCCUAUUAAAGCUGAAAUUUGAUAAACUCAAGCCGAUAACAACGAUAACGACUUAUACUGAGUGCUUUUUGGUAUAUUUGAAAGUGUUUUUCCAGCGAUAUUUCAGGAUCUUGCCAUCGUUGGCUUUGCUUUUACUCUUUAACUCUUCAUUGCUAAAGAAUUUUGGUGAUGGCCCUUUCUGGAGACAUAUGGUGGAAGGUGAACGUACAUUUUGCACUAAAUAUUGGUGGAAAAACGUCUUUAUGAUAAACAAUUUCAUGAUGGAAGAUAGUUGUGCCCAUCAAACCUGGUAUUUAGCUACAGACUCUCAGUUAUUUGAACUAUAUGUGAUUGUGCUGAUUAUAACUUCAAAAUACCCAUUUACUAAAAAAUCAAUCUAUGCGUUACUAGGUAGCCUAGCAUUCAUUGUACCAGGAGUUUUAACCUAUAUUUACCGAUUAGAUGCUUCUACAUAUUUACGGCCGGAAUAUUACCGCUACUUAUAUUUUCAAAAUGCCGACACAUUACAAAUCACCUAUAACCCAUUCUAUUGUAAUCUGGGUGGCUAUUUAGUUGGUAUUAUAUGUGCUGAAAUUUACACAAAAUCUGUAAGAUAUCGAGAUCUCACGACGAGUUUGGCAAAGUACAGAACUGUUCAAAAAAUUCAAAUACCGUUUAUAAUAUCUGUACUUUCGGUGGGUUUUGGUCUACUGUUUACAGGACUCUUCGUUGUUAAUCGAAACUCCAAGGACGGUUCUAUAUGGGUGGCUUUAUAUGCUGCUUGUUAUCGCAAUAUUUGGGCUAUAUUCAGCGGAUUUGUAUUAAUGAGUAUGUUAUCGAAAUUUGGAGGUCUAGCUUAUGACAUCUCAAACUGUGGAAUUUUCCGACUUUUGGGUAGGCUCACAUUUCAAAUGUAUUUGUGGCAUGUACCAAUAUUGAGAAUAUUAUUUGGUUCCCAUCGGCAUCCAAUAUACUUGAAUCAAUUCUAUGUGUUUUGCCAAAUCAUAUUGGCAAUCAUUCUGUCAAUAAGUUUUGCAUUCGUAUUGACGAUAUUUGUAGAAUAUCCCAUUGGUAACGUGAUUAAUAUAUUUUUUAAAAGAGCUUUCAAUGUCAACAAACUACAUGCAGAGAAUAAACAAUUUAACGAGAUGAAUAGAUAUACAACAUAAAUAAUAAUUUGUUGUAUGAGAAUAAUGUACAUUUUUACAUCCAAUUGAAGAUACCGUUCAAUUUAUAAACUUCUUAAUAAAGGUUAACAAAAAUAGAU